UUCGAUGCAAGUAUUAUAGCAUCAACUUUGUUAUUGGACCUUCUUGAAGAAACACUUAUCGUAAAGAUGGCCUCGUGCUUAGUCUACAUUGGCAGAAUCCUUUUCUUCGUCUUGGUAGGUCUCCAGGCCUACUCGCUGGCUUCGUAUCCUGCAGAAUACAAACACAAAGUUAGUUUCUAUGGAUUGGUCGCCCUUUACAGUCCUGCAAUUGGUUUAUGGCUUUACAUCAUGUGCGACGACAAGAAAUUACAGUGGUUAUUUGCUGUCUGGGUGUGCUAUAUCGUUGGGUUUGUAGUCUUCGUUGGGAUUAUAUUUGGAGGCGACGAACCGAUUGAAGAUAUCCUUGACAAAGCUAAAUUCUUCGGUCCAAACAUUCUAAAGACGACACUUUGCCUUGCCCCAUUGAUUCUGUUGUUGCUCUUAAGUACGGGAACGGAUUCCACCGUUUAUCGAGACCUGAUCUGGCAGUUGUCUCUCCGAAUGGCGUUGGAUCUCUUCGAUGGAGUAGAAAUGCUGGAUGUCAUUAUUGAAGAGAAUGAAUUCAGCCAUGGCGUUCCUAAAGGCUUUGAAAAAGCAAUGCUUGCAUUCGUCUGUAUCAGCUUUCUGCUAUCUCCAUUACAACUGGUCGAGAUAAAGAUAAGAAGUUCCGGACGGUGGAAAAUCCGUAGAUGGGCAACAGGUUUGCGCACAACCUUACAAAUUGUCUGUGUUAAUUGCGUAUUUUUGGGGCUCCGCAUGUAUCUAUGGCGGGGCUACGGUAAAGAUGCAUCCAUUUUUAUUGCUAAAAAUGCUAUUGUCAUUUGCCUUGGUCUCUUUGAGAUAUGUUCAAUCUGCGAGUGUUGUGGUUGUGACGAUUACUAA